AUGUCGGCCUGGAUUGACAUUGUGCGCGGCGGCAAUGACUUCAGGACGCCUGUGCUUCAGGAAUUCCAUCAGCCCUAUCAGAGCUUUGACAAUCGGCCCGAUGGGCAGGCCAAACUGCUUUUGUUGUUUUGCACGGGGGGAUGUAGCGGGGCAGAAGCACCCAGACAAGUUCGCAUGUGCCGAUUUGCCAAGACGAUUCUGCUGGAUUGCCACCUUCAUCAUCAAAAGUCAUACCCUGCGAUGAAGGCAGGCCCUUGUCCGCCAAAUUUGACCAGAAGACAGGUAGAAUCGUACGGCUGCCCCGAGGACCUUGCCCACGAGUUUUAUGCCAGGGCUCUGUCUCCGCUCUGCGAAGCCGUGGUCUUCAUUCAGAACGAUUACUGGGAUAUUCUCACCAUUGUGGGAGUCUUGGCUCGUUGGGUGGACCUGUCAUUUGCUUCCUCUAUUCGCUGCAGACCACAGGUGCUAAUUGUUUCGGAACACGAGCCAAAGAUGGCUCUGAGAGACGUUGAACGAGAUUUAGCAGCAGAACUUAUGUCACACUACAGUCCCCUCGAGGGGCUCUCAUUUAGUCAGGCAGAGAAGAGAUGGCGUAGUUGCUUUGCAGGAAUUCGGCUGAUGCGUGGCUGCAGGUCGCGAACGUCGGCUGAUCAUGUUUUGGAGUGGACACAGGCAACUCGAAACAAUGACACAGCCCUAACAUUCCGAAAUUGCGACGUGAAACACCUCUUGCGCUCGACCUGUUCACAGUUCGCUGAAGACCACCGGAAGACUUUCAGUUUUCAACAAGCAUGGCGCACAAACCCCUUGCCAGGUCAACUAUCAUGGGGUGCAGAGAAACUAGUCCGCCUGACAAUGCACGACGCCACCCUCUACGAAUCGGCCUGCAGCGCCAUAGCCAGUUCACUUUUGUUAGAAACGUAUCAGCAUAGACGGCGAGUUGGUCGUAUGUUGAACCCUAAAUUAAUGGAAUUGUCUUCCACCGACUGGUUCGACGAAUUUUAUUCGCCCAUGUUAAGCAGCAUAGAACCGGUAACUCUUAAAGCAGAUGUCAGAACACUGUUUAUACAGUUUAUGAAGGCCGAACCCUCGGAACGACAAACACUUCUAGCAAGCUCGAUGCGUACUCUUUCAUGCAGUAGCAAAAUUACGUUGCCCACAGAUUUAUGUCUCGUGUGUCUCUGUCGCUUUCCAGCGACUACCCUAUCAUGCGGCCACAGGGUAUGCGAUAAUUGCACGGAGGCCAACGGCAAGAAAAGCGAAGAGGGCAUCGACAUAUACCAGAUGCACUUCUGCGUUCUAUGCGGAGCUGUUAAUUCAGUGCAAACGGCUCUGAAGCCGCCUUCGGCCGGUAUUCGUGUUCUCAACCUCCAUGGAAACGUUGACGAUGCACUGCCGAUCGCAAUGUUCCUGAAGGAUCUUCGAUCGUCGCUGUCGGGCCGCCUUGAGGAUUAUUUUGAUCUCGUCUUAGGGAGCGGCACAGGCGCUUUUUUCAUGGUAAUGAUCUUUUGCAACCAAGCUGCCGUCGAGGACUGCAUUUAUCACCUACCGAAGCUGAAGUGCGUUCGGGUUGAUGACAAGAGCCUGUUCUUUGGCAAAGGGUUGAGAUUCCCGAGAAGCGACCUUCUUGAUGCCAAGAUAAAGCUGGUUUUGUACAAUACAGACAGCCGUCUAGCAAUUUGCCAAAACUACAUUACAAAAUCAUCGAAAUGGCUGCAAAAAUUCUCAUUUCUGUCCCAAGGUGUCGACAACAUCGCCGCUCGCGCUUUCAUUGAGGCUAAUCGCAUAUGGCCGGAUGGCCGUAUCGACGUAAUUACACAAUGUCACAACAGUAAUUACGCGGAGACGCUGAGCAUGGCAAAUGAGCUCAUAUCGGCUCUGUUUUAUGUUCAAAGGGAGGGAAUUCCGACUUUCUACGAUCUCUUCCCCGCUCGCUUUGUACUUUGGGUCAAGUGUAGACUGCCCGCGGGACGACAUUUACUCGACAUCGCCAUGAGGAUGCGAAGGAGGAGGGUUCACAUUCAGUUUCACGAGAGCGGUCAAGCACUAGAGAGCUGUGUAGCUGCCCUGCAGAUCUUCUCCCAUGUUUAG